AUGCUGUGUUUGAGGAAUAAGUGCACGUUCAAGAACGGCCUAUCCAAGACCAAGUGCCACUCAUCGACCCAGAGGGAGUGUGCCUCAUGCCGUCAGACAAGAAACUGCGCGAAAGGAUUAACGUGUUGGAAGAACAAGUGCGUAAACUACAAUAACUCUCAUUCGAGGACCCGAUGCUUUCACUCAACGCGUGGAGAGUGCGCCUGGUGCAGCCACCACAGUCAGUGCAAAAGCGGAAUGUUUUGCGGGAACAACAAGUGCGUGUUCUCAAAGGACCCCCGGUCGGCGAGGAGGUGUUUUCCCGGAAACAAGAAAGAGUGUGCCACGUGCAUUCACGGGACGCAAUGCGCAAAUGGAAUGCAGUGCUGGAGGAACAAGUGUAUUAACUUUAGAGAUUCCCACUCAUUGAGAAGGUGCUUUUCUUCGGUGGGAAGAGAGUGCUCCACAUGCAGAGACAAUCAGAACUGUGCCAACGGAAUGCACUGUUUGAACAAGAAGUGUGUCUCCUCCAAGGAUCCCCGAUCAGCAAGAAGGUGCUUUCCCGUGAACUACGGAGAAUGUUCUACCUGCAGGGACAGCAAACAAUGUGCAAACGGACUGCAGUGCAGGAAGAACAAGUGUGUGCGCAAAACGACCUCUUCGAUAGCGAAGUGCUUUCCAACUAAGAAAACGAGGGAGUGUGGCCAAUGCAAACACACGGCGGAGUGCGCCGGCCGCCUCCAGUGUCUGAGGAACAAGUGCCUGUACCCUGGGACCCGAUCCACGCGUAAAUGCGGGAAACAAGAAUGUUGGAAAUGCAAUCGCACUACCGACUGCUCAAGCGGAUUGCACUGCUACCAUAACAAAUGCGUGCACAAGCAUAUCCGGUCAAUUCGCAAGUGCUUCCCGCUCUCCGAUUGUUCAAAGUGCACUCAGAGCUUCGAAUGCAAGAGCAAGAGGUGCCUCAAUCGCGUUUGUGCUGCCAACAUCACCUCGUUUCGCAAGUGCUUCCCGAGAAAAGAAUGCGCUGCUUGCACCAAGAGUAGCCAGUGUUCGGCGGGCUCAUCAUGUUACCGAGGACGAUGCGUCAAUUUGCGCAGACCUUAUGCUGUGGAUAUUUGCUUCCCCAAGCGUGAGUGCGCUAUCUGUGCUGUGAAUCAUCAAUGUGCUACUAAGAGAUGUAUCAACAAACGAUGUGUUUACCCCAAUAUUCACUCUCACGACAAGUGCCAUCGGGUUAAGCAAUGUGGAUUUUGCGUAAGGCAUACUCAAUGCGGACGUUUAGGUCGAUGCAUCAACAAGAAGUGUGUGGUUGGAACACACAGGUAUUCGAUUUACAAAUGCUUUCCGAAGAAGGAGUGUGAUGCGUGCCACCACAAUAUCCAAUGCAAGACCGGUCUAUGCUACAAGAAAAAGUGUAUCUCCAGGACUUUGGCAUCCAAGAGAAAGUGCUUUCCCGGUCAGCGCUGCGAAUUCUGCAAUGCAACCGCUGAUUGUGCAUCCGGAUUUGCAUGCCAAUUGACUGCCUUGAAUGGUAAGAAACUUCCAAGAUGCGUGCAACUGAUGAAUGAACGCGAUUCGUGCCGGCUGCCUUGCGCAGUAUGCAAGUCUGGCCUCGUGUGCGGAGCGAACAAGAGGUGUGUCAAACGUUUGUCUCCUCGUUGUGGGGGGUGCAUAAGGAACCAAGACUGCCAGGCGGGUCUCAAGUGCCAAGGUCAGAGGCACCCCAGUCAACGUGGAAAAUGCGUUCAAGAGAUAGGCUUGAAUACUCGCUGUGAUGUGAAAUGUUCGGUUUGCAAACGAGGUCUCCAGUGUAGACAUGGAAAGAUUUGCAAGAAGAGACAAUCUGCCAAGUGCGGUAAGUGCUCGAAGGAUGAUGACUGCAGAACUGGACUCAGGUGCAGGGGCGCGUCUAAGACCAAGCCAGGCAAAUGCAAGGAGAUUCAAACAGUGGGCAAGUCUUGCCGUGGCGAAUGUGAUGUAUGCAGACAAGGACUUACCUGCCGCGACAACAAGAUAUGUAAACCACCGCGUGCGACCCACUGUGGUCUUUGCAAGGUGCACGAUGAUUGCAAGCACGGUCUGAGAUGUCAGGCAGCAAAGCGACAAGGCGAGAGGAGCAAAUGCGUUCAACUGCUUCGCAAGGGAGCUAAGUGCGGAAAAGGCUGUCGAGCAUGUAACAAGGGCCUCGAAUGUCGUCAGGGAGUGUGCAAGCCAUUGCGGUCAGAGAAGUGCGGGAAAUGUAUUUCACAUGAUGACUGCAAACGUGGUCUUACUUGCAAGUUUGUCGGCAAGGAGCGCUUCGGGAAGUGCCAUGCUGUGGUAAGUUUCAAAGGUGCUUGCCAUGCAGAUUGCUCUGUUUGUCAGAGGGGUUUGGAAUGUCAUCGCGGAAAGGUUUGCUUGAAGCCUCUUAAACAAAACUGUCAACCGUGUUGGAAGCACCAAGAAUGCGUCAGCGGUCUAUGCAAACCGGGGCCCCAUGGUAAACCCGGUCAAUGUCUGGCUCGACGCACAUUGGGGCAAAACUGUUCUGACAAAUGCUCAAUAUGCAUCCACAACCUUGUUUGCAAGAACGGUGUGAAAUGCGAGAGGCCCAAAUCGGAGCGGUGCGGCCCCUGCAAAAGCGAUACGGAAUGUGGAAAGAAUCUUACUUGCGCAAGCACAGGCACGCACAAGAAGGCUGGACAAUGUGUAGAAACUGUUCGGAUGUGGGGUACAUGCGGAAAGAAGUGCACCCGAUGUGAGAAUCACCUUACCUGCAAGCAUGGUAUUUGUCUUGCGCCUAUCUUCAGCCACCCCAAGCCUUGACUAGAAUUUUGGAACAAUAUCAACGCGACCUAGAGCGAAUUAGUUGCUCUGGGUUGUCCCCUUUUUCCUUUUAGUGGACCUCUUGUUGGAUUGGAUCGCACCAGUUUUAUGAACAACUUUAGGAUGGUUGGGUCCCAGUGCAAUAAUACCUAUCACAGUAAACAGUACGCUUGAGUUGGCAUGGA